AUGGGUGAAAAUUGGAAGAGGAAUCCUGGUCCCUGUCAUUCUCCAAAAGUUUCAUGCAUACAAGUUCCUCCAUCUGCUCAGGAUACCUACUUACUGAAGGACCUGAAGCGAGGCCAGAAAUGCUACCUCUACAGCAUCAUGAGAGUUUAUGACCGCAAACCUCUGAGGGAAAUGCUGUCGCAUCAGUACAUGCUCAACCUCCAGCGCCAGAAUUUGCUGGGUCAUAUUACUGAGCAUGAAGUCAGGUUUUACACCUCCUUCCUGGAUGAAGCUGAAGAGAGAGACCCAAGGAAGGUCUCAGUUAGAAACAGCACCUCUCUGAAGUUCAGUGUUGGGAGAACUCAGCUGUAG